AUGGAGAUUUCAUUGAUAGGCCUUCAAAAUGCUGGGAAAACUUCACUUGUAAAUGCUGUCGCUGCUGGUUUAGAUUGUGAAGACAUGAUCCCUAUAGUAGGAUUUAAUAUGCGGAAGCUCACUAAGGGGAAAGUCGCAAUAAAGUUGUGGGUUCUUGGAGGUCAAUCCAGAUUUCGAAGUAUGUGGGAGCGAUACUGUCGAGGAGUUUCUGCUAUUGUUUACGUUGUUGAUGUUGCCGAUCAUGAUAAUAUCUACAUCUCCCAACGUGAACUCCAUUAUCUACUGAGUAAACCAACACUGAGUGGCAUUCAUUUGCUGGUAUUAGGAAACAAAAUCGACAAGGUUGAAGCCCUAUCCAAGAAGGGUUUGACUUAUCAAAUGGAAUUAAAAUCUCUAACUGGUAGAGAGGUGUGCUGUUUUAUGAUCUCGUGCAAGAAUUUGACCAACAUCGACCAGGUCAUUAAUUGGCUAGUUAAGCAUUCCAAGUCAAAAAGCUAA